AUGAAUUUAAGAGGAAGACAAGUGGAGAUAGCUGAUCCAUUGUGCCCAUUCUACAACAAUUUGGAUGAAGAUGCAGUGCACCUUUUCUUCAACUGCAGCAAGAUAGAGUACUUGGGACAUAUAGUUUCAGGUGAAGGAGUUGCUAUGGAUGCUACUAAGGUGCAGGCAGUUCUAGAGUGGCCUACACCACUCAAUAUCAAGCAGCUAAGAGGUUUCUUAGGCCUCACUGGUUACUAUCGAAGGUUUAUCAAAGGAUAUGCAAAGCUUGCUGCACCAUUGACAGAUUUACUUAAAGAAGAAGCAUUCAAGUGGACACCAGAGGCAGAGACAACAUUUGUUCAAUUGCAGAAAGUCAUGACUUCAGCUCCAGUGUUAGCUCUUCCUAAUUUCCAGCUGCCCUUCAUUCUGGAAACUAAUGCUUCCGACACUGGUAUUGGAGCAGUAUUACAUCAGAAUGGCCAUCCAAUAGCAUUUUUUUCCAAGAAACUUGCACCUAGAGUGCAAAAGAAAUCUGACUAA